AAGUUCUGAUAAAGCAGUGAAAAUGUCUGCAAUCGGUAUUGACUUGGGAACGACAUACUCCUGCGUGGGUGUGUUUCAAAAUGGUAAAGUGGAAAUCAUAGCAAACGACCAGGGCAAUCGAACCACCCCCAGCUAUGUGGCAUUCUCGGACACGGAACGGCUCAUUGGUGAGGCGGCCAAGAACCAGGUGGCAAUGAACCCGAGAAACACAGUUUUCGACGCCAAACGGUUGAUUGGCCGCAAAUUCGACGAUCCAAAGAUUCAGGCCGAUAUCAAACACUGGCCGUUCAUGGUGUACAAUGAAGGAGGAAAACCAAAAAUCGAAGUCGAGUUCAAAGGUGAGAGAAAGAGAUUUUCCGCGGAAGAAAUCAGCUCGAUGGUGUUGACAAAGAUGAAGGAAACGGCUGAGGCUUUCCUGGGAAAGAGUAUGAAGAAUGCCGUCGUCACAGUUCCAGCCUAUUUCAACGAUUCUCAGCGUCAGGCCACGAAGGAUGCUGGUGCCAUUGCUGGGCUGAAUGUGAUGAGAAUUAUCAACGAACCAACGGCUGCUGCAUUGGCUUACGGUCUGGACAAGGAACUCAAAGGUGAGCGACAUGUGUUGAUCUUCGAUUUGGGAGGCGGAACAUUUGAUGUCUCCAUUCUGACAAUCAACGAGGGAUCACUGUUUGAGGUACUAUCUACGGCUGGUGACACUCAUCUCGGAGGAGAAGAUUUCGACAAUCGUAUGGUGUCACACUUCGUGGAAGAGUUCAAACGCAAGUACAGGAAAGACAUCUCAUCGAAUCCCCGUGCUUUGAGACGUCUGGGCACGGCAUGCGAACGGGCAAAGCGAACACUGUCUUCCAACACUGAAGCAACCAUUGAAAUCGAUGCUCUUGUGGAUGGAAUCGACUUCUAUACUAAAAUUUCCCGAGCUCGAUUCGAGGAACUGUGCUCGGAUUUGUUCCGUUCAACACUGCAACCAGUUGAGAGAGCACUCACCGAUGCCAAAAUGGACAAGAAAUCAAUCGAUGACAUAGUUCUCGUCGGUGGAUCGACUCGUAUUCCAAAGGUUCAAUCGUUGCUCCAGAAUUUCUUCUCAGGAAAAGCUUUGAACCUGUCCAUUAACCCAGACGAAGCUGUCGCUUAUGGUGCUGCCAUUCAAGCUGCUAUCCUCAGUGGAGACAAAAACGAGAAGAUUCAAGAUGUACUGCUGGUUGAUGUGGCUCCACUUUCUCUUGGAAUCGAAACAGCUGGCGGUUUGAUGACUAACCUUGUUGAACGCAACAGCCGAAUUCCAUGCAAGCAAACUAAGAUAUUCACUACCUAUGCAGACAACCAACCAGGAGUGUCCAUUCAAGUCUUCGAAGGAGAACGUUCGAUGACCAAGGACAACAACCGACUCGGCCAAUUCGACCUAUCAGGCAUUCCGCCAGCUCCAAGAGGCGUUCCUCAGAUUGAUGUCACAUUCGAUCUGGACGCAAACGGUAUUCUGAAUGUAACGGCCAAGGAGAAGAGUUCUGGACAGGAGAAGAACAUCACAAUCAAGAACGACAAGGGUCGAUUGAGUCAGGCGGAAAUAGAUCGAAUGCUAGCGGAGGCGGAGAGAUUCCACGAGGAAGACGAAAAGAUAAGGGAGUGCAUCGCUGCCAGAAACCAGUUGGAAAGCUACAUCUUCCAGUUGCGACAGUCACUGGAAUCGGCCGGCGACAAGCUGAGCGACUCGGACAAGAACACAGUGAAGGACAAAUGUGACGAAACGCUCCGCUGGCUGGAUGAAAAUGCCCACGCCGAGAAGGGCGAAUUCGAUCGCAUGAUGAAGGAGCUGAGCCGAGUAUGCAGUCCGAUCAUGACUCGAUUGCAUCAGGGCGGAGGAGGAUCAUCAGCAUCGGCGGGAGCCACAAAUUGUGGCCAACAGGCGGGAGGCUUCGGUGGCCGAGCUGGUCCCACCGUUGAAGAAGUUGACUAAGUGCGUAGAUUUUAAGGUGAACUAAAAUCAAACUAGAGUAUAAGUUCAGAGGCUUUUUCUUUCGCUAGAGUGCAGUAGAAUGCUUAAGUGUUAGCAAGUUGUUUAUUCGAUACCUUGA